AAAAAUAAACAAAUGCUUUUGAAUUAUAGCGUUAAUAGGUAUUCCGAUAGCAGGCAAAUUAUUAUAGGCCGCGGCACCCACCGGCGCUUCUCGCGUUUUCUACGAACUUAGUAGUGAUUAGAUUAUUCCAUUUUUCUCCUCAAUUUCGCUCAAUUAUAAAUCGCGAUUCUCCCUCCCAAACGCGAUUAUUCCAAUAUCCACAAAGCGAAGUAGAAUGCUCUCACCCAAACGUGACGUUUUGAUUAGCGAUUUCUCGAUCCUAAAAGUGCUUUUGAAUUAAACCCUUACCGCAAUUGAAUUCUACGGCGGUUAAAGAUGUCUUCGUCGGUUCAACAAGUUGUUAAGCGUGCCAAAUACAAAUCCACCGUGAAAGAUCCUGGCACUCCUGGUGUAAUCAAAUUGACUCGACAGAAAGUUGUUUUCAAGCCUAAUGAUCCAACAUCAAACAACAAGCUUGACGUUGAUUUCAGAUUAAUCAAAAGUCAAAAAAACACCAAAGAGGGGUCAACCAAACCACCGUGGCUUAACCUUGUACAUUCUCAGGGCAGUUACAUCUUCGAGUUUGAAAGCUUUUCAGAUCUUCAUGUUUGCCGGGAAUUCGCAGCUGGUAUUAUUAGCAAGCCUGUAGAAGCCCCAAAAGUUGUUUCCGAUGAACAGCUUAGCACUGCCGAAAUGACACUGAGGAUGAAGCUAUUAGGAGAAGAUAGUAAAUUGAAGAAGAUUCAUAUGGAACUUGUGAUGAGUGAUAAGCUUACAGAAUCAGAAUUUUGGGCUACAAAGAAGAAAUUGCUUGACCAAGAUGAAAGCCGAAAGUUAAAACAAAGGAUUGGAUUUAAAAAUUCUUUGAUCUUCGACACAAAGCCUACUAGUGAUGGUCGGAUAAAUCAGGUUAAAUUUCAAUUGACUCCAGAGAUAAAAUAUCAGAUUUUUGCCCUCAAACCAGCAGUUCACCAGGCAUUCCUCAAUUUUGUACCCAGUAAGAUGAGCGAGGUAGAUUUCUGGAACAAAUACUUUAAAGCUGAAUAUCUCCAUAGUACCAAAAAUGCUAUUGCAGCAGCUGCCGAGGCUGCUGAAGAUGAAGAUCUUGCUGUUUUUUUGAAAGAUGACGAGAUAUUAGAAAAUGAAGCUCGAAAGAAGGUUCGACGGGUCGAUCCAACUCUAGACAUGGAAGCAGACCAAGGAGAUGAUUACACUCAUCUUCCUGAUCAUGGGAUUUUCCGUGAUGGUAGCAAGGAAACAUCUGAAGCUCAAAAUACUCUGUAUCGGAGAACGUUGUUGCAAGAUCUCAACAGACAAAGUGAGGUGGUUCUUGAAGGAAAAACUUUAGAUAUAGAUAUGGAACAUCCAAGAACAGCGGUAGAAGCGCUUGCUCGGAGAAAACAUGAAUCUGAUGGAGUUGUAGAGGAGAGGCGAAACAGAAUUUCUAAGAUGGCCCAGAUUGAAGAUCUUCAGGCACAAGAUGAUCAUCCAUUUGCACCACUCUGUAUCAAGGAUCCUCGUGACUAUUUUGAUUCCCAACAAGCUAAUGCGGUAAAAACCUUGGAUGAUUCCCUAUCCGGUAAGGAGAAAAUAAGAUGCAAUUUGGGUUCUGAGGAAGCCUAUGGCUCUUUGAGGGAGUCCAUAUCUAACAUCAAAACUAUGGGAUUAAGGGAUCCUCUAUUGAGUCAUGAGGUUGCUUUUAAGGUCCUUUCUGAAUUGACUAAAAACAUCUCAAGCACCAAAUCAAAUCUUGGGAAAAGUUCGCAGGAGAGUGUCCUUGAUAUAUUACCCAACACAACUAAGGAGAAACUACUAGAUCAUUGGGUUUGCAGUCAGGAAUUACUGAGGCACUUUUGGUCUUCUUAUCCAGUAACAAAACAAAGUCUUGUUGAUAAGGCUAGAAGACUGAAAGACGCCAUAUCACAAAUAUAUUCUAAACUCGAGGAAAUAAAGGUAUCUGCAAAGUCAGACCUACGGCACCAGGUUUCCCUUGUUGUCCAUCCAAUGCAGCAGGCUCUGGAUGCUGCUUUGUUACAUUACGAUGCUGACAUUACGAGAAGAAAUGCUAAAGGGUCGAAGCGUAAUGGUUAUGUUUAGUAGAAUGAUAUUUCUCUGUAAUAACAAUUUAGGAAUGUAUAUUCCGUCAAUUUUGCCGUGACCUCAACCGUAUGGCUAUUUAUCUUUAUAUUGUGAUCAAAUGAGUUAGUAAUACUAGAAUUAUCGACGAUUUUUUUUUAUAUACAAUUUUGUAGAAUUUAAUUUCAUAAAUAUUUAUGAGAUUAAUUUCUAUACACUGACAAUGUUGUAAUUUUCUUA